AUGAGUUCAAUUCUGAGGGGCCUCAGGAUAUCACAUACUACAAUCCACAACAAAGAUGAUGAUGAUGAUAAUGAUGAUGAUGAUGACGACGACGAUGAUGACGACAAUGACUCAAUGAUGAAAUUGAUGACCUACCAGUUAUUGAGCUGUUUGUGGCUGCGAGCGGAGGGGGGCCAGAGAUCUCCGGCGGUGAUCACAGGGCUGUAUGACAAGUGUUCUUAUACCUCACGUGACCGAGGAUGGGUCGUGGGCAUUCACACCAUCAGUGACCAAGGCAACAGAGACCCACGCUACUUUUUCUCCUUGAAGACGGACCGGGCCCGGCAAGUGACCACCAUCAAUGCCCACCAAAGCUACCUCCCUGGCCAGUGGGUAUUCCUAGCUGCCACCUACGAUGGGCGGCUGAUGAAGCUCUAUGUGAAUGGUGCCCAGGUGGCGACCUCUGGGGAUCAGGUGGGUGGCAUAUUCAGCCCAUUGACUCAGAAGUGUAAAGUGCUCAUGUUGGGGGGCAGCACCCUGAAUCACAACUACCGGGGCUACAUCGAGCGCUUCAGUCUGUGGAAGGUGGCCAGGACCCAGCGGGAGGUCCUGCUGGACAUGGAAACCCAUGGCCUCCACACGCCUCUACCUCAGCUCCUCCUACAGGAGAACUGGGACAAUGUGAAGCGCACCUGGUCCCCCAUGAAGGACGGCCACAGCCCCCAGGUGGAGUUCAGCGGUGCCCACAGCUUCCUGCUGGACACCACUUUGGAGCCCCCUCUGUGCGGGCAGACAUUGUGCGACAACGCGCAAGUCAUUGCCAGCUACAACCAGCUGCCGCGCUUCCGCCGGCCCAAGGUGGUGCGCUACCGCGUGGUCAACCUCCAUGACGACAGCCACGAGAACCCCACGGUGAGCCGCCAGCAAAUCGAGCUCCAACACCAGCAGCUGGCCGAGGCCUUCCAGCCCUACAACAUCUCCUGGGAGCUGGAGGUGCUAGAGGUGAGCAACUCCUCCCUGCGCCACCGCCUCAUCCUGGCCAACUGCGACAUCAGCAAGAUCGGGGACGAGAACUGCGACCCUGAGUGCAACCACACGCUGACCGGCCACGACGGUGGGGACUGCCGCCACCUGCGCCACCCCGCCUUCAUGAAGAAGCAGCAGAAUGGAGUGUGUGACAUGGACUGUAACUACGAACGGUUCAACUUCGACGGCGGGGAGUGUUGUGACCCCGACAUCACAGAUGUCACCCAGACAUGCUUCGAUCCUGACUCUCCACACAGAGCGUACUUGGAUGUUAAUGAACUGAAGAACAUUCUUAGACUGGAUGGAACUACACACCUCAAUAUCUUCUUUGCAAACUCCUCGGAGGAGGAAUUGGCAGGAGUAGCCACUUGGCCAUGGGACAAGGAGGCCCUAAUGCCCUUAGGUGGCAUCGUCCUGAACCCAUCUGUCUAUGGCAUUCCUGGGCACACCCACACCAUGAUCCACGAGAUCGGGCACAGCCUGGGCCUCUAUCACAUCUUUCGAGGCAUCUCAGAAAUACAGUCUUGCAGUGACCCCUGCAUGGAGACCGAGCCCUCCUUUGAGACCGGAGACCUCUGCAGUGACACCAACCCAGCCCCCAAAUACAAGUUCUGUGGUGACCCAGGGCCAGGAAACGACACCUGUGGCUUUCACAGCUUCUUCGACACUCCUUACAACAACUUCAUGAGCUAUGCAGACGACGACUGCACCGACUCCUUCACGCCCAAUCAAGUCGCCAGAAUGCACUGCUACCUGGACCUGGUGUACCAGGGCUGGCAGCCCUCCAAGAAGCCGGCGCCGGUCGCCCUGGCUCCCCAGAUUGUGGGCCACACGACUGACUCCGUGACGCUGGAGUGGUUUCCACCCAUCGAUGGCCACUUCUUUGAAAGAGAAUUGGGAUCAGCAUGUGACCUUUGCCUGGAAGGGAGGAUCCUGGUGCAGUAUGCCUUCAACGCCUCCUCCCCGAUGCCCUGUGGCCCAUCCGGACACUGGAGUCCCCGGGAAGCAGAAGGCCAUCCAGAUGUUGAACAACCCUGUAAGUCCAGUGUCCGCACCUGGAGCCCAAAUUCAGCUGUCAACCCACACACGGUCCCGCCAGCCUGCCCUGAGCCACAAGGCUGCUACCUUGAACUGGAAUUUCACUAUCCUUUGGUUCCUGAGUCUCUGACGGUCUGGGUGACCUUUGUCUCCACUGACUGGGACUCUAGUGGGGCUGUCAAUGACAUCAAACUGUUGACAACCACGGGGAAGAACAUCUCCCUGGGCCCUCAGAAUGUAUUCUGCGAUGUUCCACUGACCAUCAAACUCCGGGAUGUGGGCGAGGAGGUAUAUGGCAUUCAGAUCUACACGUUGGAUGAGCACCUGGAGAUUGAUGCUGCCAUGUUGACCUCCAUUGCAGACAGCCCACUCUGCCUAGCGUGUAAGCCCCUGCAGUACAAAGUGGUCCGGGACCCUCCUCUCCAGGUGGACGUGGCCUCCAUCCUGCAUCUCAAUAGAAGAUUCACAGACAUGGACCUCAGCCUCGGCAGUGUGUACCAGUACUGGGUCAUCACCAUUUCCGGAAGUGAGGAAGGCGAGCCAUCGCCUGCUGCUGUAUACACCCAUGGAAGUGGGUACUGUGGCGACGGCAUCAUCCAGAAAGGCCAAGGUGAAGAAUGCGAUGACAUGAAUAAGAUCAAUGGUGAUGGCUGCUCCCUGUUCUGCCGACAGGAAGUUUCCUUCAAUUGCAUUGAUGAACCCAGCCGGUGCUAUUUCCACGAUGGUGAUGGGGUAUGUGAGGAGUUUGAACAAAAAACCAGCAUCAAGGACUGUGGUGUCUACACGCCCCAAGGGUUCCUUGAUCAGUGGGCAUCCAAUGCUUCAGUUUCCCAUCAAGACCAGCAAUGCCCAGGCUGGGUCAUCAUUGGCCAGCCGGCAGCAUCCCAGGUGUGUCGGACCAAGGUGAUUGAUCUCAGUGAAGGCAUCUCCCAACACGCCUGGUAUCCUUGCACCAUCAGCUACCCCUACUCCCAGCUGACCCAGACCACGUUCUGGCUCCGGGCAUACUUUUCUCAGCCAAUGGUUGCUGCAGCUGUUAUUGUCCACCUGGUGACCGAUGGGACCUACUAUGGGGACCAAAAGCAGGAAACCAUCAGCGUCCAGCUGCUUGACACCAAAGAGCAGAGCCACGAUCUAGGCCUCCACGUCCUGAGCUGCAGGAACAAUCCCCUGAUUAUCCCUGUGGUCCAUGACCUCAGCCAGCCCUUCUACCACAGCCAGGCGGUGCGAGUGAGCUUCAGCUCACCCCUGCUCGCCAUCUCGGGGGUGGCCCUCCGCUCCUUCGACGGCUUUGACCCCGUCACCCUGAGCAGCUGCCAGAGAGGGGAGACCUACAGCUCUGCCGAGCAGAGCUGUGUGCACUUUGCAUGUGAGGCCACUGACUGUCCGGAGCUGGCCGUGGAGAACGCCUCUCUCAACUGCUCCAGCAGCGACCGCUAUCAUGGUGCCCAGUGCACUGUGAGCUGCCGGACGGGCUAUGUGCUCCAGAUACGGAGGGAUGACGAGCUGAUCAAGAGCCAGACAGGACCCAGUGUCACAGUGACCUGCACCGAGGGCAAGUGGAACAAGCAGGUGGCGUGUGAGCCCGUGGACUGUGGCGUCCCAGACCAACAUCACGUCUAUGCUGCCUCCUUCUCCUGCCUCGAGGGCACCACCUUUGGCAGCAAAUGCUCCUUCCAGUGUCGCCACCCAGCGCAGUUGAAAGGCAACAACAGCCUCCUGACCUGCAUGGAGGACGGGCUGUGGUCCUUCCCGGAGGCCCUGUGCGAGCUCAUGUGUCUGGCUCCGCCCCCGGUGCCCAAUGCAGACCUGCAGACAGCCAGGUGCCGAGAGAACAAGCACAAGGUGGGCUCUUUCUGCAAGUACAAGUGCAAGCCUGGAUACCAUGUGCCCGGCACCUCUCGGAAGUCAAAGAAGCGUGCCUUCAAGACUCAGUGCACCCAAGACGGCAGCUGGCAGGAGGGAGCCUGUGUUCCUGUGACAUGUGACCCGCCUCCACCGAAGUUCCACGGGCUCUACCAGUGCACAGACGGCUUCCAGUUCAACAGCGAGUGUCGGAUCAGGUGUGAAGACAGUGAUUCCGCCCAGCCCAACAGGUCACCAACUCAGUUCUCAGGCACCAGCUCAACUCAACGCAACGCCGACACCAGCUACCUGGAGCCGGUCAUCACAUUGGGAGGUGCCGAGUCCAUGAUGGCCAGGAGCUGA